GUUAGAGAGGUGUAUAUGAGUGUUUACAUUUGGCAUGCGAUUACAUAAACACGUAAUUCACAGACGAGAGAGGAGCAACGAUGGAUGUACUCGGCUUGACAGAUCAUGCCACGACUUUGGCACUCGUAGCUGUGCUUAUUUUUACUUUCUACCUGUUUGGAAGAAGGAACUUUUCAUAUUUCAAAGAACUUGGUCUCUCUGGUCCUAAACCUAUUUCUCAUUUAGGAAACCUGUUGCAAAUGAAAAAACUGGGUUUUAGUCGUGUAUUCCAACGCUGGAGGGAAAUCUAUGGUGACGUAUACGGGAUGUACAUAGGAGUAACUCCUAAUUGUAUUAUAAGUGAUCCAGAAUUUGUCCAAGAAGUUUUAGUCAAAAGAUUUUCAAACUUUGUCAAUCGAACUGUAUUUGAAGCAGAUGAAAUCAGUAGUGUUGAACUUGCAUCAGCCAAAGAUGAGCAUUGGAAAUAUCUGCGUACUGUACUGACUCCUUCUUUUACUUCACAUCAAAUGAGAGCAAUGAACACAAUGAUUCAGACAUGUGCUGAUAAUUUGGUGGGAAAUAUCGAUAAGUUGGCAGAGAAUGGAGAAGUCACCGAAGUUAAAAAGUUGUUCUCAGCUUACACCAUAGAUGUCAUAGCAGCAACUGGAUUCGGAAUAAUGGUGAACUCACAGAAAAACCCUGAUGAUCCACUGGUUAAAAAGGCCAAAGACAUAUUCAAAUUUACUUUCUUUCAACCUCUUAUCCUUUUAACAGUUGUUUUGCCAUCUUCUGCAAAACUCAUAGCAAAGCUCGGAUUAACAAGAUUCAUUAUUGGGAAUCAAAUCUUCUUCAGAAAGUUCUGCAAGAAACUAAUCGAAGAACGAAAGAAAAUUCAAAUGGAUAAUGGCAUGCACAAAAACCUUUUAAAUCUUAUGAUAAAGGCUCAACUGAAGGGUCAUGAGACGUUGCCCCCAGAGGUAGAAAAGGAACUUCAAUUGGAAAAUAUAACUGACUGGCGAACUAAAAGAGGAAUUACCGACAAUGAAAUGUUGGCCCAAUGUGUAUUACUUUUCUUGGCUGGUUACGAAACUACCGCUUCUACUCUUACAUUCUUUACACAUUUGAUGGCAAUAAACCCUGAACAGCAAGAAAAAUUGCACCAAGAGAUUGUAGAUGUUUUGGGGGAGGAUCUUCCUACUUAUGACAGUGUUCAGAAAUUACCUUACCUCAACAUGUGCAUGGAUGAGACACUCAGAUUGUAUCCCAUUCUAAAUGCAUUGGAUCGUCAGUGCAAUAAGGCGUGCACGAUAAAAGGUGUGAAGAUUCCUGAAAAACUGACUGUCAGAAUCGCCGUGGAUGCUCUACAUUACAAUCCAAAAUACUGGCCAGAACCAGAAAAAUUCAUUCCAGAAAGAUUUAGCGAAGAAGCGAAAUCUAAACAGGUGCCGUUUACCUACUUACCAUUUGGUGGAGGACCAAGAGUGUGUCUUGGAAUGAGACUGGCCAAGCUGGAGUUCAAGAUAGCAGCUGUUGAAAUGAUUCGGAAUUUCAAAGUUCUUCGAACUGAAAAAACCGAAGAUCCUCUUCAAUUAGACGAUACCUUAUUACUGGCUUCCAGAAACGGAGUCUGGGUAAAGUUUGAACGAAGAUCUAAAAAAUAACUUGAAGUACUGCACUAUUAAAUUGGACUUUUGUGAAAUUAUGUACGAUAUAACCAUUGAUUAAAAAAGUAAAGUUAUACAAAACAAAAAUUGUUAUUAUAAAACUCGAAAAUAUGAAGAUAAUUUUUUAAUAAAUGCUUCCCUUUCAUCUAUCUAACAUCUUUUUUGGUAUAUAUUUUAUUGGACAUUAAAAAUAAAUCUCAUAUAGAUUUUAUCAGAGAGCUACAAUUCUACAGUUGACAUUAGAAAUGUGAAUAAAGUUGUAUUUUUAUUAGUCGUU